AUGAAGAUUAAGACUAUAUCAAGAUCAUCGGAUGCAUAUAUCCCGGUGAAAAACACGCAGGAGAGUGGUAUUCCAAGAAAUCUUGAUCCUGCUCUUCAUCCAUUUCAAAGAGCAAGAGAAUACACAAGAGCACUGAAUGCAACAAAAUUGGAGAGGGUCUUUGCACAGCCGUUUGUUGGGCAGAUGGGAAAUGGUCAUAGAGAUGGUGUGUACACUAUAUCAAGAAGUCCAAACACGUUAAGCAAGAUAGCGAGUGGAUCUGCAGAUGGUAUAGUGAAAUAUUGGGAUACAACUUCAAGAGAUGAACUUUACAGUUUCAAGGCACACAGUGGAACGGUUAGCGGAGUGGUGAUAUGCCCUGACAGCCGACUUUUGACGUGCGGAACUGACAAGACGGUGAAGUUGUGGGAUGUGAAUAAUGAGACGAAUUACGGCCAGGAUUUCGAUAUUGGAAGUAAGAAACACGAUGAGGAUGAGGUGAGCAAGAAGGGACUAACAAAGACAUUCUUGGCGGACUUUGGACUCAUGGCAGUUGAUCGCCACCGGGAAAAGCCUUUGUUUGUGACUGCGGGUGCAGAAAUUAACGUCUGGGAUGAAAACAGAAGCAGGCCAAUCUCCAAUUUGUCUUGGGGAGCAGAUAAUGUGACAGCAGUGAAGUUUAACCAGACAGAGACUUCUGUGAUAGCAAGUGCAGGCUCAGACAACUCAAUUAUCUUGUACGACCUGCGUACAAACUCACCUACGCAAAAAAUCAAGACCAGAAUGAGAAAUAACGCCAUUAGCUGGAAUCCAAUGGAGGCAUAUAUGUUUGCAACAGCUAACGAAGACCAGAAUGCCUAUCUCUGGGACAUGCGGCAGAUGGAUCAUGCUGCCAAUGUGUACCAGGACCACGUUUCCGCAGUCAUGGAUAUCGAUUUUGCACCUACAGGCCGUGAAGUUGUCACCGGCUCCUAUGAUAGGACUAUAAGGAUAUAUAGAUCACACCAGGGACAUUCCAGAGAUGUUUACCACACCAAGAGAAUGCAGAGAGUAUUUGUGUCUCUGUUUUCUGGCGAUUCGAAGUACAUUUUCUCGGGUUCGGAUGAUGGAAAUGUUAGAAUAUGGAGAUCUGUUUCGUACGAACGAUCCGCACCUAAAAGUAUCCGUGAGAGAAACAAACUUGAGUACGAUGAAAAGCUCAAGGAGAGGUACGCUAACAUGCCGGAGAUCCGCAGAAUUAGACGCCAUAGGCAUCUUCCUGCUGUUAUUAAGAGGGCUCGUGAUAUCAAGAGAACUGAAAUUGAGAGUAUCAAGCGCAAGGAAGAGAAUCAGAGACUUCAUUCUAAACCUGGAAGCGUACCUUUUAAGAGUGAGAGGGAGAAGCCGGUUGUUGGACAGGUCCACAAGGCGUGA